GAUCACGCACGCGCAGCUGCUCUCCUCCACCCCACUGCCGAAGCGGGACGGUUUUCUUUGCGACCGGCGGGAGGUAACCGAUUACCGUCAAGGUCCGAAUUCGUGGUACGGAAGCAGUUGGCUUAUCUUUUAUUUAAGACAAAGCCAGCAAUGCAACCGGAGUGCGGAGAGCGACGCGGCGAGAGCCGGGAAAACUCGAGCGGUGCGGGGAGUGUCUGAGAGUCCGGGUGGCGACGGCGAGUUGGGGAGGGGGAAGCGAGUCCCGGGCGGAACGUUCCCUGGGGGUUUGGGGGCGGUGGAGUAAGAGAGAUUCGUUCCGCGCUGGCAGCGAGCCCAGGCGCCGACAGCCAUGAAGAAAAGCCGGGAGGACGAUCUGGCGAACGCGGCGCUUGAAGCGGCGUCACCUCCCAGGGGCACUACCGAGAGCCUGGUGCCCGAUCCCGACUCCGGCCCCCGGGGAGACCUCAGCUCGAUCGGCUCCGGCUCCGACUCCGAGAUCAACGGCUUUGUCAAUGGGGACCAGAAGAUCGACAAGUAUGGCUUUGUCGGCGGUGCUCAGUACACGGGAGACCUGCAACAUGAAGUACCACCUGAGGUAUUGCGGCAACGAGAAUCCAAGUGGCUGGACAUGUUGAACAACUGGGACAAAUGGAUGGCAAAAAAGUACAAGAAGGUAAAACUCCGAUGUCAGAAAGGAAUUCCACCUUCACUGCGAGGACGAGCUUGGCAGUAUUUGUCAGGAAGUAAAGUAAAAAUGGAACAGAACCAUGGGAAAUUUGAUGAAAUGGAUCAGUCACCUGGAGAUCCAACAUGGCUCGAUGUAAUUGAAAGAGAUCUGCAUCGUCAAUUUCCUUUUCAUGAGAUGUUUAUUGCAAGAGGAGGCCAUGGGCAACAAGACCUCUAUAGAGUUUUAAAAGCAUACACCAUUUACCGGCCAGAGGAGGGAUACUGUCAGGCACAGGCUCCAAUCGCUGCUGUCCUCCUGAUGCACAUGCCUGCUGAGCAAGCUUUUUGGUGUCUCGUUCAGAUAUGUGAAAAGUAUCUUCCAGGAUAUUACAGUGCUGGAUUGGAAGCAAUCCAGUUGGAUGGAGAGAUCUUUUUUGCCUUAUUGCGUAAGGUUUCACCGGUGGCACAUAAACACCUUAACAAGUAUAAAAUUGACCCCAUCCUGUACAUGACGGAGUGGUUCAUGUGUGCAUUUUCAAGAACUUUGCCGUGGGUGUCUGUGCUGAGAAUUUGGGACAUGUUCUUCUGUGAAGGUGUAAAGGUAAUAUUCCGUGUCGGUCUCAUUCUGUUGAAGUAUACACUUGGCUCAUCAGAAAAACUGAAGAAAUGUCAGGGUCAGUAUGAAACCAUGGAAAAACUUCGUAGCAUUGAUCCCAGAUAUAUGCAGGAUGGCUUUCUCGUACGAGAGAUAAUUGAACUUCCUAUCACAGAAAGGGAGGUUGAAAAAGAACAUUUAAUUCAGUUGAAGAAGUGGAAGGAUACGCACGGUGACCUCAAGUACCAGCCUCCUCCUAGAUUGCAUGGUGCUAAAGCGAUCAAUGAGGCUGAGCCUCAUUCUCAAAAAGCCUUGAUGCAGAUGCCAUCCAUAGUGGUACACUCCCCACCAGUGUCUCCUGAUUCAGGUAGCAAUUCAAAAAAGAAAAAGGAUAAGAAAAUGUCAAAAGAACAAAAGAAAGAAAAGAAGAAACAGGAGAAGACCGCAAAAGUUGAAACAGUGGCAAAUGGAUCUACCACUGAUGAGACCAAUAGAAUUUUAAGAGAUGAACAAAAUGUUACCCAACCAUUAGAUAUUACAGAGGAGCUAAAUCAAUCGAUGCUGAAAAAGGACACUCAAUUACAGCAGUCUGAACAAAGUCUCAGCUCAGAAGAACAGGACACAUAUUUAUGAGAUGAAUCAUUCCAGCACAGUGCGGGGUGGGGUGGGAGUUUCAUUUGACAUUUGAAUCAUUCCAUAAGAAAACUGACAUUGGAUGGCAAGAUGGAGCUACUGAUUGUGUGUGUGUGUGUGUGUGUGUGUGUGUGUGUGUGUGUAUAUAUAUAUAUAUACUUAAUACAAUUGACAAGGUAUGGUGAUCGUUUUGUGACUUAACAUGGAGACUCUAAACAUGAGAAAUUGGUACAAGCUUACAAGAAUUGAGUUGGUUUCACUAUUUUGAUUAGUGUGGUUAAGCAAUUCAAAGGAUGGCCAAAACCAGAGACACAAUUUAAUCGGCUAGUGAAACUGUUUAGGAAGAACCUGCUUAAUAUGUUCACCUUUACUGAGUUCAACACAAAACUCUAAUUGAAUGAAUUGUUAGCUGUCAUCAGCAGAGUAAUUUUUUUUAGAGGAAUAUGUAAAUACUUUUGCAAUAUUUUUCCAGUAAACAAUGUCUUGUAUGGAGUUGCUAGUAUUCUAAAGAUAUUUCUUCUUGGUUUUCAUUCCAAGUUAAGAUUAAUGAUAUUUAUAGGGCAUUCAUUUCCUUGGUUAUUCUUUGGUCAGAUGAUUCUCUGUUCCCAUUUCUAUUUUUGAAGGAACGGUGAAUUGCAGUAGAAAGGAAAAGACCAUUGUUAAGCUAUUGCUGAGAUUUUGGCAUAAGGUAUUCAUUAGAAUUAUUUGAAUUAAUUUAAUGUGUAUACGUAGCGGGGAGUUGAGUUGGGGUUUUGGCUUGGUAUGGAGGUUGUGCUGCCGUAUGUUUGUAUGAUUAAAACACUCUACUUUUAUUUGUAACAUUACUAUGUACAGAUAAAUUACAGUUGGAGAAGAAAAUGGAGACUGGAUAUAAAUAUGCCAAAUUAAUAAAUGUUUUCCAAGCAAUGUUGAGAAUGCCAAAUAUAUACAGUAGUAAGCAGGGUAGAUAACCAUGACACCUUACAAAAACAAUGCAUUGUCCAAACAAACUAGCACUUUUCCUUCAGUUUGAGGAAUGUAAAUUUAAGCUGUUUUACAAGAGGUUUUGUAAAUCCUCUUGAUAAACUGACUACGAACGAGAAUUAAGUGUUUGCUGCUGUUGUAUAAUCCAGCUAUUUUUCUACGUAAUUAUCAAUGCACAAUGGAUUUGCAGCAAUUGCAAAGGUAUUAGUGCUAUAUAAACCCACAUGGAUUAAACGCAACUUUCUCUCCUUGUGUGUAAUGAAGAAUAUAAGAUUACAAUAUGUCUAAUUUUGGUGUUUAAUUGCUUUACAUUCCUUGAGACUAUUAAAACAGCCAAAUACAGAUGUACAAACAAAGUUAAACUGUCUGGUCUAACAUAUAUAUGUUUUUUUGUAUUUGAAGAAUCAUAAACUAUUUGUCAGUUUGUUUUAUGUGCAAUCUACCAUGAAAGUACUUGGAGUUUAUCGAAUAAUAGCUAAUUCCACGUGGCCUUAUAAUGUAUGUAUCUUUUAAGCUUAACGUAAUUAGAUUAUUUAUCUACAAAUUGCUACAUUAAUAAGUUCAUCUAAGCUACACAUUUUAUGUUAUCUUGCUGAUGCCAUGGAUCCAUAACACAAUCAAUAAAAUAUUCUGGAAAGCCU